CGCUGCCGCGAGGGGCGCGUCUAGAUUUCUAGGCAAAAAUGCAUCCCAAUCACAACAGCAAAGUAUGGAGAUCUAUAGAAAGUCUGCACAUAUUUGAUAGCAAGGAGAAAUAUGCCUACUUAUAUUGUGCAUGUCAUCUACAGACUGAGCAUCCCUGUUUGCUCAUCAAAUACUCUUCUUUCAAAGAUAUAGCUUUAUCCAUUAAUAGUCUGUGGAUGCUUUCUUCCGUAAGAUCUUAUGAUCUCUGUAAAUCAGUGACAUGGUUAACCUAAAUGUGGUUAGAGUAGAUUUAUUGUGUUCAUCUUUUAAGGAAGGCAUGCUUUAAACAGACGUGUAUCCUAUUACUUUGUCAUGCAUUUAUUCUGACACUGCUGACCUUAAUAACAUGAUCAAAAUCAGAUAGCUAAGUAUACACAAACAAUUUUCUUAAACAAGACAAUCUCAACCUAAUCUCAAUCCAACAUACUAAUAUAGGCAGUUAUUUUUUUUGCUAUCCACUUGCCAGAUAUGUACUGAACUCUGAAAGUAGCCUAUUUACUAAAAGUAUGACAUCCUACUAUAUUUAACCAAUCUGCAACAGCUCAGUGUACAGAUUUCCUUUCAUGGAGUGGAGAGGUGACACAAUAAUUAUGGACUUCCUCCCCCAGUGAAGUUUCACCCCAUCACCCUCAUCCCACAGGCCCCCGGAAACCUAAAAAAAAAAUCAUGGAAACACAUCAAAGUGAGGUGCAAUGGCUAUUUCUGCCACUACCCUUAUAAGAGAGCUGCUUGAUGUAUAAAAGACAGGGAGUUUUGGCAGCUCACAAUCAAGGUUGCAAUUCCAUCAUCUACAGGCCAAUAACAAUCAUCUAGAAGGAAGGUGAACAUCAGAGGCUAAAUCAUGGGAGAUGCUCUAAUGGAGGAGUUUGGACAGGCGGCUCCCUAUCUGAGGAAGUCGGACAUGGAGCGUCUGGAGGCCCAGACUCGCCCCUUUGACAUUAAGAGGGCCUGCUUUGUGGUGGACCCUGAGGUUGAAUAUGUGAAGGGAAUGAUCCAAAGCAGAGACGGUGACAAAGUCACAGUUGAAACUGAGUUUGGGAAGACUGUUACUGUAAAAGAUGCAGACGUCCACCCUCAGAACCCGCCAAAGUUUGAUAAAAUUGAGGACAUGGCGAUGUUCACCUUCCUGCAUGAGCCUGCUGUGCUGUUUAACCUCAAAGAGCGUUAUGCAGCCUGGAUGAUCUAUACCUACUCUGGGUUGUUCUGUGUCACUGUCAAUCCCUACAAGUGGUUGCCAGUGUACAAUCAGGAAGUUGUCGUUGCAUACAGAGGCAAGAAGAGGAGUGAAGCUCCUCCUCACAUCUUCUCCAUCUCUGACAAUGCCUACCAGUACAUGCUGGCAGACAGGGAGAAUCAGUCCCUCCUGAUCACUGGAGAAUCUGGUGCUGGGAAGACUGUGAACACCAAGAGAGUUAUUCAGUACUUCGCCAGCAUUGCUGCUGGUGGAACUGGCAAGAAGGAUCCAAAUGACAAAAAGGGAACCCUGGAGGAUCAAAUCAUCCAGUGUAACCCUGCUCUGGAGGCCUUUGGUAAUGCAAAGACCAUCAGAAAUGACAACUCCUCUAGAUUUGGUAAAUUUAUCAGAAUCCACUUUCAUGCAACUGGCAAGCUGGCCUCUGCUGAUAUUGAGACAUAUCUACUAGAGAAGUCUCGGGUGACUUUCCAGCUCAAGGCUGAGAGAGAUUAUCACAUCUUCUACCAGAUUCUCUCUCAGAGAAAACCAGAACUACUGGAGAUGCUGCUUAUCACAAACAACCCCUAUGACUACGCUUUCAUCUCCCAAGGAGAGACCCAAGUAGCCUCUAUUGAUGAUGGUGAUGAGCUUCAGGCCACUGAUGACGCCUUUGAUGUAUUGGGCUUUACUCAAGAGGAAAAGAACAGCAUCUACAAACUGACUGGUGCCAUCAUGCACUACGGCAACAUGAAGUUCAAGCAGAAGCAGAGAGAGGAGCAGGCAGAAGCUGAUGGCACUGAAGAUGCUGACAAAUCUGCUUAUCUAAUGGGGCUGAACUCUGCUGACCUCAUCAAGGCCUUGUGUCACCCAAGGGUUAAAGUAGGAAACGAGUGGGUCACCAAGGGACAGAAUGUCCAGCAGGUGUACUACUCUAUUGGAGCCCUGUCCAAGUCAGUGUAUGAGAAGAUGUUCCUCUGGAUGGUAGUGAGAAUCAACCAGACCUUGGACACCAAACAACCUCGCCAGUACUUCAUUGGUGUGCUCGACAUCGCUGGUUUUGAGAUCUUUGAUUUCAACACCUUUGAGCAACUGUGCAUCAACUUCACUAAUGAGAAGCUGCAGCAGUUCUUCAACCAUCACAUGUUUGUGCUGGAGCAAGAGGAGUACAAGAAGGAGGGCAUUGAAUGGGAGUUCAUUGACUUUGGCAUGGACUUGCAGGCCUGUAUUGAUCUCAUUGAAAAGCCCAUGGGUAUCAUGUCCAUCCUUGAAGAGGAGUGCAUGUUCCCCAAGGCCAGUGAUACUACAUUUAAAUCCAAGCUUUACGACAACCACUUGGGGAAAUCCAAUAACUUCCAGAAGCCCAGGAUUGUCAAGGGGAAACCAGAGGCCCAUUUCUCCCUGGUUCACUAUGCUGGCACUGUCGACUACAACAUUUGCAACUGGCUUGUGAAGAACAAGGACCCUCUCAAUGAGACUGUGGUCGGUUUAUACCAGAAGUCUACAAUGAAGAUGCUUGCAACCCUCUUUGCAGGAUACGCUGGGGCUGAUUCUGCACAGGAAGGUGGUGGUGGUGGAAAGGGCAAGGAGAAGAAGAAGAAAGGAUCUUCUUUCCAGACAGUGUCUGCACUGCACAGGGAGAACCUGAACAAGCUGAUGACCAACUUGAGGUCAACUCACCCCCACUUUGUGCGCUGCAUCAUCCCGAACGAGACCAAGACUCCUGGGGCCAUGGAGAAUCCUCUGGUCAUGCACCAGCUGCGCUGUAACGGUGUGCUGGAAGGCAUCAGGAUCUGCAGAAAGGGCUUCCCCAACCGGAUCCUGUACGGAGAUUUCAAACAGAGAUAUCGUAUCCUGAAUCCUGCUGCUAUCCCUGAGGGACAGUUCAUUGACAACAAGAAAGGAGCUGAAAAACUGCUGGGUUCUCUGGAUAUUGACCAUCAGCAGUACAGAUUUGGACACACUAAGGUGUUCUUCAAAGCUGGUCUCCUGGGAACCCUUGAGGAGAUGAGAGACGACCGUCUCGCUCUCAUCAUCACUGGUAUCCAAUCAAGAGCAAGAGGUCUUCUGGCAAGAAUUGAAUUCCAGAAGAUUGUUGAACGCAGGGAUGCCCUACUAGUGAUCCAGUGGAAUGUCCGUGCAUUCAUGGGUGUCAAGAAUUGGCCCUGGAUGAAGAUGUACUUCAAGAUUAAGCCCCUCUUGAGAUCAGCUGAGGCAGAGAAGGAGAUGGCCAACAUGAAGGAAGAAUUCCUGAAGCUGAAGGAGGCCUAUGCUAAAUCUGAGGCUCGUAGAAAAGAGCUGGAGGAGAAAAUGGUUUCUAUUCUCCAAGAGAAGAAUGACCUGCAACUACAAGUGCAGACUGAACAAGAUAGCCUUUGUGAUGCUGAGGAACGUUGUGAAGGUCUGAUCAAGAACAAGAUUCAGCUUGAGGCCAAAGUCAAGGAGCUGACAGAGAGACUGGAAGAUGAAGAGGAGAUGAAUUCAGAGCUGACUUCAAAGAAGAGGAAGUUGGAGGAUGAGUGUUCUGAGCUCAAGAAGGACAUAGAUGAUCUGGAGCUCACACUGGCUAAAGUGGAGAAAGAAAAGCAUGCCACUGAGAAUAAGGUUAAAAACCUGACUGAGGAGAUGGCAGCUCUUGAUGAAAUCAUUGCCAAGCUGACCAAAGAGAAGAAAGCACUGCAGGAGGCUCACCAGCAAACCUUGGAUGACCUUCAGAGUGAGGAGGACAAAGUCAACACUCUGACUAAGGCCAAAACCAAGUUGGAGCAGCAAGUUGAUGAUCUUGAAGGCUCCCUGGAACAGGAAAAGAAGCUAAGGAUGGAUCUGGAGAGAGCCAAGAGAAAGCUUGAGGGUGACUUAAAGUUGACUCAGGAGAAUGUUAUGGAUCUAGAAAAUGAUAAACAGCAGCUUGAAGAAAGGCUGAAAAAGAAAGACUUUGAAAUCAGCCAACUUAAUAGCAAGAUUGAAGAUGAACAAGCUAUGGCGGCCCAGCUUCAGAAGAAACUGAAGGAGCUCCAGGCCCGCAUUGAGGAGCUGGAAGAAGAGCUGGAGGCUGAGAGAGCUGCCCGAGCCAAAGUGGAGAAGCAGCGGGCAGACCUGGCCAGAGAGCUGGAGGAGAUCAGUGAGAGGCUGGAGGAGGCUGGAGGUGCCACUGCUGCCCAGAUUGAGAUGAACAAGAAGAGGGAGGCUGAGUUCCAGAAGCUGCGCAGAGACCUCGAAGAGUCCACUCUGCAACAUGAGGCCACUGCCUCCACACUGAGGAAGAAGCAUGCAGACAGUGUAGCUGACCUCGGGGAGCAGAUUGACAACCUUCAGAGAGUGAAACAAAAGCUUGAGAAGGAGAAGAGCGAACUCCGACUGGAGCUGGAUGAUGUUGUCUCCAACAUGGAGCAGGUUUCCAAAGCAAAGGGAAAUUUGGAGAAAAUGUGCAGGACCUUGGAGGACCAGAUGAGUGAAUAUAGGACUAAAUUUGAAGAAGGCCAGCGAAGCAUAAAUGACUUCACUAUGCAGAAAGCUAAGCUACAAACUGAAAAUGGGGAGCUUGCACGACAACUGGAAGAGAAGGAUUCUCUUGUCUCUCAGCUAACUCGAGGCAAACAAUCUUAUACUCAGCAGAUUGAAGACCUCAAAAGACAACUGGAGGAAGAGGUCAAGGCUAAGAAUGCACUAGCCCAUGCAGUGCAGUCUGCUCGCCACGACUCUGACCUCCUGAGGGAGCAGUAUGAGGAGGAGCAGGAGGCCAAGGCUGAGCUGCAGCGCAGUCUCUCCAAGGCCAACUCUGAGGUGGCUCAGUGGAGAACCAAGUACGAGACUGAUGCCAUCCAGAGGACUGAGGAACUGGAAGAUGCCAAAAAAAAACUGGCUCAGCGUCUGCAAGAUGCAGAGGAAGCUGUUGAAGCUGUUAAUGCCAAAUGCUCCUCCCUGGAGAAAACUAAGCACAGACUGCAGAAUGAGAUUGAAGAUCUCAUGGUAGAUGUGGAGAGAUCCAAUGCUGCUGCUGCUGCUCUAGAUAAGAGGCAAAGAAACUUUGAUAAGGUCUUGGCUGAAUGGAAGCAGAAGUAUGAGGAGUCCCAGACUGAGCUGGAGAGUUCCCAGAAAGAGGCCAGAUCUCUUGGCACUGAGCUCUUCAAACUUAAGAAUUCUUAUGAGGAAUCUCUGGAUCACCUUGAGACCAUGAAGAGGGAGAAUAAAAAUCUUCAAGAGGAAAUUUCUGAUCUCACUGAGCAACUUGGUGAGACUGGAAAGAACAUUCAUGAGCUUGAGAAAGUCAGAAAGACACUUGAGCAAGAGAAGGCAGAGAUCCAGACCGCUCUUGAGGAAGCUGAGGGUUCUCUAGAGCAUGAAGAGGGCAAGAUCCUCAGAGCUCAGCUGGAGUUUAAUCAGGUCAAAGCUGACAUUGAGCGUAAACUUACUGAGAAGGAUGAGGAGAUGGAGCAGGCCAAGAGGAACCAGCAGAGAGUGGUGGAUACCCUGCAGACCUCCCUGGAGUCUGAGACUCGCAGCAGGAAUGAGGCUCUCAGGCUGAAGAAGAAGAUGGAGGGAGACCUCAAUGAGAUGGAGAUUCAGCUCAGCCAGGCCAACAGGCAGGCAUCUGAGGCCCAGAAGCAGCUCAAGGGUCUCCAUGGACAUCUGAAGGAUGCUCAACUGCAGCUUGAUGAAUCUCUCCGUGCUAAUGAUGAUCUCAAAGAGAACACUGCCAUUGUGGAAAGACGCAACAAUCUGCUGCAGGCUGAACUGGAUGAGCUCAGGUCCCUGGUGGAGCAGACUGAGAGAGGCCGGAAACUGGCUGAACAGGAGCUGCUGGACGUCAGUGAGAGGGUGCAGCUGCUGCACUCUCAGAACACAAGCCUGCUGAACCAGAAGAAGAAGCUGGAGGGUGAUACAUCCCAGCUGCAGAAUGAAGUAGAGGAGGCUGUGCAGGAGUGUAGGAAUGCUGAGGAAAAGGCCAAGAAGGCCAUUACUGAUGCUGCCAUGAUGGCAGAGGAGCUGAAGAAGGAGCAGGACACCAGUGCUCACCUGGAGCGCAUGAAGAAGAACAUGGAACAAACCAUCAAGGACCUGCAGCACCGUCUGGAUGAAGCUGAACAAAUCGCCAUGAAGGGUGGCAAGAAGCAGAUCCAGAAGUUGGAGUCCAGGGUAAGGGAACUGGAGAAUGAGGUGGAAAUGGAGCAACGAAAGGCCGGUGAUUCUGUCAAAGGAAUCCGUAAAUAUGAGCGCCGCAUAAAGGAGCUCACCUAUCAGGUAAAUCUAAUUUCACAUGGGGGCUGGAAAAAACCUGGAUGUGCCUCACAAUCUCUCCCUCAUACCACACAGAUAAGUACAAACAUUGUCUACUUACCUCUUCAUAUACAGACGGAAGAGGACAAGAAGAAUCUGCAUCGUCUUCAGGAUCUGGUGGACAAACUGCAGCUGAAGGUCAAAUCCUACAAGAGAGCAGCAGAGGAGGCUGAGGAGCAGGCCAAUAGCAACCUGGGCAAGUUCCGCAAGCUGCAGCAUGAGCUGGAUGAGGCUGAGGAGAGAGCUGAUAUAGCUGAGUCUCAGGUCAACAAGAUGAGAUCCAAGAGCCGUGAUGUAGGUGGCAAGAAAGGUCAUGAUGAAGAGUGAAGCUCUGACUUGGGCCUUUCAAAAAGCACGCUUGCCUCACCAUGAUUUGUUCUUUAAGCUGUGCUGUGUUGCAGUGCAAUAAAUAAAAUGGACCUCACCUCAUCUCUUAAGGUGAAGCACAGAACUGCACCCAUGGGGGAGGAGUUUGGACUGAGCACAGAAGAAUCUGAACAUAAUGACAGAUGGUUAUGAUUAUAGCUAUGGUUAUCAAAAUCAGCUAGUAAUUGUUAUCAAAGUCAAAAGAAAAGGGGCCCUAUCUUAGAGAUGACAGAUGUCAUCUUCAUUGGUUUAAUGGAUGUUACACCCAAAACCCAAACCCAUUAAUAAUUAGGAGGCUUAUCCUUUAUGCUGUGACGACUCUGCUUUGUUGUAUUG